AAUCGUUGAAAAUAAAAACAUUCCAUAAAAUUCGAAAUCGGUGGACGGAGUAAAGUAAAUGGUCAAAAUCAAGGAAAGAAGAGUUUUCGUCUUUUGAGACAAAACCAUUGAAAAAUCUACUGGUUUUGUGAUUGGGCACCAAGUAAAAAUUAUAAAAAGCUGACACAGAUGCGGAGAUUCGUUAUUGGCCAAGCUAAAAAUCUCAUUGAUCAGACUCGUCGUCAUCACAAAAGCCUCCGCCUUCUCUCUCUACUAGCCGCUUCCGACUCUGCUCCUGUUCUUUCUUCGCCGCGUCUCUUUUCUUCGUCGUCAGACAUGUCUGGUUCUGGUUCUGAUUCGUCGUCGUCCUCUCUUCCCGUUACUCUUGACUCCCUCAACCCCAAGGUUCUGAAAUGUGAGUAUGCUGUCCGUGGAGAGAUUGUCAACAUUGCUCAGAAACUUCAAGAAGAUUUGAAGAUUAACAAGGAUGCUUAUCCCUUCGAUGAGAUUAUCUACUGUAACAUUGGAAAUCCGCAAUCUCUUGGCCAGCAGCCGAUCACAUUUUUCAGAGAGGUUCUUGCUUUGUGUUCUCACACCGCUUUGUUGGACGAGAGUGCAACACAUGGUUUGUUCAGUUCUGAUUCUAUUGACCGUGCUUGGAAGAUUCUCGACCAGAUUCCUGGGAAAGCUACCGGUGCUUACAGCCACAGCCAGGGUAUCAAGGGACUACGUGAUGCCAUUGCUGCUGGAAUCGAAGCCCGUGAUGGUUUCCCUGCUGAUCCUAAUGAUAUUUUCAUGACAGAUGGUGCUAGCCCUGGGGUUCAUAUGAUGAUGCAACUUCUCAUAAGUUCGGAGAAAGAUGGAAUCCUCUGCCCUAUUCCUCAGUACCCACUGUACUCAGCUUCCAUUGCCCUUCAUGGCGGAAGUCUGGUUCCGUACUACCUUGACGAAGCAUCAGGAUGGGGCCUUGAGAUAUCUGAGCUGAAGAAGCAACUGGAGGAUGCUAGGUCAAAGGGCAUCACUGUAAGAGCCUUGGCUGUCAUCAACCCUGGCAACCCGACAGGACAGGUUCUUGCGGAAGAAAACCAGCGCGAGAUUGUUGAUUUCUGUAAGAAAGAAGGCUUAGUUCUCUUAGCCGACGAGGUUUAUCAGGAAAACGUUUACGUCCCUGACAAAAAGUUCCACUCUUUCAAGAAAGUAGCCCGGUCUAUGGGCUACGGUGAGAAUGAUGUCUGCUUAGUCUCGUUCCAGUCUAUCUCCAAAGGGUACUACGGAGAGUGUGGGAAGAGAGGUGGUUACAUGGAGGUUACUGGCUUCACUUCUGAUGUAAGAGCACAGAUAUACAAAUUGGCUUCUGUGAAUCUUUGCUCCAACAUCUCUGGUCAGAUUCUCGCCAGCCUCGUCAUGAGCCCUCCCAAGCCUGGUGACGACUCCUAUGAGUCAUACAUAGCAGAGAAAGAGGGAAUACUCUCGUCUUUAGCAAAACGUGCAAAGACCCUUGAAGAAGCUCUGAACAAGUUGGAGGGUGUCACAUGCAACAGAGCAGAAGGAGCUAUGUAUCUAUUCCCUUGCAUUAACCUUCCACAAAAGGCCAUUGCAGCUGCAGAAGCUGCAAAGACAGCACCAGACGCUUUCUACUGCAAACGCCUUUUAAACGCUACUGGAAUAGUUGUAGUCCCUGGUUCUGGCUUUAGACAGGUACCUGGCACAUGGCAUUUCAGGUGCACUAUACUUCCUCAAGAAGAAAAGAUUCCUGCAAUCGUGAACCGUCUCACUGAGUUCCACAAGAACUUCAUGGAUGAGUUCCGCAACUAAGUGAUUCUGGUUUCUUAAGACCUCUCUUUGAUAGAUAUGAUCAAGUCUUGAGUAAUAAUAAGCAAGGAGACGCAUGCAGUUUCUUUUCCGUCGACAUUGUGUUUACAGAAACUAAGACGUGAGCGUCAGUUAUAGCUUUUGUGAGAGCAAGAAGUUUUAUUGAGUUUUUACCUUUUACAGGCUGAUUAAACUAAACGUAAUGUUCUUUCGCAUACCAUAUCCUACUCUCCUAUAUAUGAUUUUUGCUUAGAUAUCAA